GUGUGAGGAUGAGGCCGUGUCGACAGUGAGUGCGGUGUGUCUCUCGGCUCCGUGCUGGCUGCAUGGUGCUCCGUGACUCCCUGCCUGCUCUCUGACGCCUGGGGUUUGCAGUCUGGCCUCCAGCCGCGGCUGCGAAAUAUUUCUCAGCGUCGCCCUUUUUUUUGCUCUCAAAUCAUGUUUAUUUUAUAAAGAUGGCGGUGAGGGGGACACUGUGAACUAAAUGACUGUCAGAAACAUCGCCUCCAUUUGUAAUAUGGGCACCAAUGCCUCUGCUCUGGAGAAAGACAUCGGCCCGGAGCAAUUUCCAAUCAAUGAGCACUACUUCGGAUUGGUCAAUUUUGGAAACACAUGCUACUGUAACUCAGUGCUCCAGGCUCUCUACUUCUGCCGGCCUUUCCGGGAGAACGUGCUGGCUUACAAAGCGCAGCAGAAGAAGAAGGAGAACCUGCUCACAUGUCUGGCUGACCUCUUCCACUCCAUUGCAACACAGAAGAAGAAAGUUGGCGUCAUACCGCCUAAGAAGUUCAUCUCCCGCUUACGGAAAGAGAAUGAUCUGUUCGAUAACUACAUGCAACAGGAUGCCCACGAAUUCCUCAACUACCUGCUGAACACGGUGGCCGACAUCCUGCAAGAGGAGAAGAAGCAGGAGAAACAGAACGGGCGCCUCAAGAACAACGGCACCGCUGUCACCACGGAGACCGAGACGGAGAACAAGACAGAGCCCACAUGGGUUCACGAUAUCUUCCAGGGCACGCUGACCAAUGAGACACGCUGCCUCAACUGUGAAACGGUGAGCAGCAAAGAUGAAGAUUUUCUGGAUCUUUCUGUGGAUGUGGAGCAGAACACAUCGAUAACACACUGUCUCAGGGACUUCAGUAACACAGAGACUUUGUGCAGUGAAUACAAAUACUACUGUGAGACAUGCUGCAGCAAGCAGGAGGCACAGAAGCGGAUGCGUGUGAAGAAGCUUCCCAUGAUCCUGGCACUACACCUGAAGAGGUUUAAGUACAUGGAGCAGCUGCACCGCUACACCAAGCUGUCCUAUCGGGUGGUUUUCCCCCUCGAACUCCGCCUGUUCAACACAUCCGGGGACGCAGUUAACCUGGAUCGCAUGUACGAUCUAGUGGCCGUGGUGGUUCACUGUGGCAGUGGCCCAAAUAGAGGUCAUUACAUCACCAUAGUGAAGAGUCACGGCUUCUGGCUGCUGUUUGACGAUGACAUUGUGGAGAAAAUUGACGCCCAGGCCAUUGAGGAGUUUUACGGGCUUACCUCAGACAUCUCCAAGAACUCUGAGUCAGGAUACAUCCUCUUCUACCAGUCCAGGGAGUGACUGGAGCUGCAUCAGUGACACAGGAAAAGACUGAAAAGGAUGAGACCUUUUUUUUUUUUUUUUACCUUCAGCCUAACAGACCCAGACUCCAGCUGUCUCCAUCCCAUCUUGCUCUCAUUUUCCAAGUCUGACCUCUCUGAUGUGCCAACCUCUGGGUUUACCUGUUUUUCAUCUCUCUUUCUCUCUUUGUGUCAUUUGCUUCUUGCCUUUUACUCACCUGCAUCUGGACUGCACUUUAAAACAAAAGCAAAAAUGCUCAAUAGCAUGACGGAAACAAAAAAAAAAGAGGUCUACGUUUACAUCACGCCCUCCCCAGGUUUGGUGUGUAGACCGCUGGGAGAAGCCUGCAGAGGUGAUUCUCUACGUGUUGGGGCGAAGAGUCUGGUGCACAUACAGUCAGAAAUUGUACUAUAUCAAUUAUUUGUAUAUAAGGUCUUCUUUCAUGAUGUGUCGCCCCCUGUUAACCUCCUUCAUUAGGGCUAUUUUCCUCAUCACUGUCCAGUCCUUUGGUAUGUUCAUGUCCCUGGUGGAUACAUAAGAAGUGAAUGAAGUUGGAGACAAAUACUGUAUAAUAGGCAUAGAGAGAUUUCAUGCAUUUUCAGUGGUUUUGAAGCAAUAUCUGAGCAUUAAUUACAAGCUGAAAACUACCUAAACUUUAAUUGUUGAGAGUGUAGAGGUUGUUUUGUCCCAUAGAGAAUCCGUCUGUGAGCUGCUGUCCGUCUGCUGUGACAGCUCAGUGUCAGUCUAACUGCAUAUGAUCAACACUUAAUCUAACUGAGCCGAACGCUCCAACACUACACAUGAAAGGAAAUCCUGUUUCCUCUGGAUCUCCAUUCAAAUCAGCAGAAUCUUUAUAAUUUUUUUAUUCUGAUCAAACACCCAUAUUUAUUGAACUAAACAUAUUUAUUGCUGUUAUUUGUAAUGCAGACUGGUAGGUAAUGAAGGUGUGUGUGUAAUAUGGCUCUUUUGAGAGCUUCGUAUGUGUAGACUUAUGUGUCUCAACUCCCAGUAUGAAGGACAUAGUGUAUGUAAUACACAACAGCUAAAAGAAAUUUGGUUUUUAUAUUGUAGUUUGCAUGUUAAAGGUCCAGUGUGUAGGAUUUAGGGGGAUAUAUAGGCAGAAAUGGAAAAUAAUAUGAAAAGUAUGUUUUCUCUAGUGCAUUAUCACCUGAAAAUAAGAAUUGUUGUAUUUCUUUUUUUACCUGAGAACGAGCUGCUUAUAUUUAAGGAAGGGAGCGGGUCCUUGUCCAUGGCAGGCCCUCAGAAAGUGCGUGUGGUUUUGAGGGCAAUUUUCAUAGUGGAAUUAAUUCUCCUGAGUCUGUGACGUGAUGCCGUUUGGCCCAAAAAUACUUUUUUCUAUUGACUUACAUGGCGAAAGAGACAUCUGUUAAUCAGUGGAUAAUUCUUUUGGAGCGUCACAACCCCUGUGAAAUCACUUAUUUUACUGUCAAGAUUUAAUCCAUGCAGUCUGAUGACAUUUGGAAAGCUUAGAAGAGUUGCAAGAUUAAAAUCAAGUUAGCAGAGUGCUAAACCCAAUGUAGCCGGCUCAGCUGGUGAGAGUCUCUGCUGAGCUUGCUCUUUAGGCUGAAUAGUGCAGAAGCAGCGCUGAUCAUCCCUGUAAUUUCACACUUAAAUAAGAAAUAGCUUUUUGCCUUCAUGUGCCUCGGAGCAACGUUCAUAGGAAUGAAUGGCUCCAGUGCUGUAUCCAGCUCUCUUUAUACGUCUGUGGUCUGCUAAAGCUGCCAUGUUACAACACCAUGUUUCUACAGUUAUCCAGAGCCCGGACAAACCAACCACUGACCUUAGAUAGGCCCAUUUGUGCUUUUGUGUCAGCCAUUGUAGUUAGCAGCCACUCAUCAACGAGAUUGUUGGAAAAACACUGAUUUUUUUAACAUGAAACUGCCUUACUCAGUGUUUAACUGAUUUAAAUUACUGGGUCUGUUUGCUUUGGAGAGGAAGAGACCUCUGUGGAUAAUUCAGCUCCCAGUCAAAACCUCCUGAACGUCUUGAUCUUAAGUUAUCAGAGAAAUAAGACAAGCGCACUUUAGCAGGUGCAGUGCUAUCAACCCGUCUCAAACCUUCCAAACAGCAUUGGAGGAAGUUUGUAACGUGAAACUGCUUUUUACCAGUUUAAACCACUGCGUGCAUUUGUUUUGG